CGAUGUAGGCAGUGGCUGCGCUUACAUGUUCUUGGCUACGGCUUACACACAACUCUAUCGAUUUGGCAGUGGCUUCGGCCGGUGUCUCUCGUGGGCGCUCGCACCUUAUUUCCGCACAGCACACCGUAUUUCCGGACGCAGCUUUGACUUUCGGAUUAGGGCAUAUGACCUCGUAUCAGCGGCCUUGGACGCGGCACAAGUUCAUAUCGCAUGAUCUAAUGAAACGUCUAGGCUUGAGAUUUCAACGUUGCUCCCAAGAGAUACACGUUGCAAUCUACACAUACAUGACCUAAAUAAACAGAUCUUCAAACGGAAACAACAGCCAUUCCAUCAAGCUCCUAUCAACUUUGAACUUGAACCUACCCUGAGGCUUCUUGUAUACCCCCUUGGAGUCCCCUGAUGACAUCGAGGCUAGAUCCCAACUCAAGAUACAUGAAUUGUAGCCGACCCAUACUAACAUGGGUAACGACUCACACAAUGUACAACUCAGCGAAUGUCAACAGGACAGUCUCACCAGGGCACCAUUUACAAACGGUUCCCUCUACUUCCCAGUGCUUCAAAAUCACGACACUUAUGGUUCAGGGAAUCAGUUACUUACAAAGGACAUCACAUAUAAACCAGACUGGGUGGAGUUUACUGCUGGUGCAGGGGCGGCAUUUAUCAACAUCAUCCUAACGUUUCCCAUCAAUAAGAUCAUCUUCCGGCAGCAACUUCACAGUAUAAAGGUUCACAAGGCGUUACGUCAGUUGAAGAGGGAAGGAACAAGACAUCUGUAUAGAGGUGUUCUACCACCCUUACUACAGCGUAUGUCGGCACUGUCUCUUAUGUUUGGACUCUACGAUCAGUAUUCUCGCAUCAUUAUCAGAUACUGCUCGGACUGUCCACUGAUUGUUGCCAAAGUUACUGCAGCACUUCUCUCAGGUACCACAGAGGCGAUCCUUGUCCCAUUUGAGCGUGUCCAGACAGUUCUUCAAGAUCACCGUCAUAUGAAGAACUACACUAAUACCUUCCAGGUCUUCCAUCGUUUACGGAUUUAUGGUUUUCGGGAGUACUACCGCGGACUUACACCAAUUCUUCUGCGCAAUGGGCCCAGUAAUGCUGUCUUCUUCACCAUGCGUGACCAACUACAGAUGUUUACACCUAAAGAUGCGUCCAAAGUACAGAAGGUCGCUCAUGACUUUGUUAGCGGUGCCUUCCUUGGAGCAUCUCUUAGCACCAUUUGGUUCCCUGUCAAUGUUAUCAAGACCAAGAUGCAAUCCAAGGUUGGGGGUGAGUUUGAAUCAGCCUGGAGGACAUUUUACAUUGUUUACAAUGAGAGGGGGCGGAGAUGGCGUGCCAUGUUUAGGGGGGUACAUUUGAAUUUCAGCCGGGCGUUGGUAUCAUGGGGUAUUAUCAAUGCAUCUUAUGGGCUAUUAGUAUCCACACUGCGUGAAAAGUCCAGUUAACGAUUCUUUACCACCUGAAAAUCUUGCUUGAUGUUUGAGAUCCACACCUGCUAUUCAGUGUUAACCUGAUCAAGCAAACUAAAUUUGAGGGUAUGCAUAUGUUUGUUAUUUUAGGGGAGAUCUCUUCAUGGGGGACGUGGAUCAAAAGCAUUACUUUUGGUGUUUCUUUUAGUUGAAGUAGUGUUUUAGAUAAGUACAUGUUAUGCAGUAUUUCAGUUUGGUAAACCAAUGGAAUUUGAAAUGUACAUGUAGAAUGGAACAUAAAAGCUAUCACCGAAUGAAAUUACUCUUGCCAUUGCAGGAGUUUGAAACAUUCAUUAUCUGUUUUCUACAAUACCUGCAUAAAUCUUCUGUUACAUCAACGGUCUUUGCAUGUUAAUGUCUGUCAUUUGGCAAAACAGAUAUAUGUCUGAAGUACCACCCGUUCACUUUGUGUAUUACACAAUAAAUGUUAGACUGGUUCCCAUCUCUACAUUUCCCUCUUGAAAAUACAUCUUGGAAAAAAAAAUAAAAACUACAUCUUGAAAAUUUCCCCUUUCUUAGUGUGAAUGAAAUACAUGUCUAUGAAAUGGGGGCAGGAACCAGUCCAGUGAAAUGAAGUUCUCUUCAAUACAUGUACAUGUAGGUAAUGUUGAAUAGAAUGAAUAAGUCAGUAACGUCAUGUGACUAAUGAUACUCCAAUUAGACGAUGGGGAUUUAUGCUGGCAUUAUAAAAGUUUGUUUGAAGGACUUAGUUUUCUAAAACAUCAUUGCUAAAUACUGUAGGCCAGUCUUACCAUAGGUUG